AUAAUGUGACUGACUCCAUCAAUUGCUGACAGUGACAGCGCUGACACCGCACUCGACGCUGUUAAGCAGAAAUACAGAAAUCAUGUGGAAAGUGUUUUGUGUAAUCGCGAUUUAGAAAAUCAGCACGCAGUCGUAGCUACUUUUGACGAAGGAACACAGUACUGCACAUUAAGCGAAAAGUGCGAUACAUAUUGAAAACAAAUGACAGUAUGCAUGUAGGAAUAUAUCAAUUGCGAUAAUACCGAUUUUAUUUAAGCCCUUGGAUUCGAUAUAUUUAGAAUUUUAGAAAGUAAUUGAAUUAUUGAAGAAUAUAAUUUUUGAAAAAAUUGUGGUAUUAUAAAAAAUAAGUUGAUAAACAGUUGUUUUCUUACGGUUUUUAAUCAACAUAACAAAACAUCACACACGCACACACAUAAUCUUCAUUUAUCAUUUGUAAAAGAAAAAAGAAAAAAUUACAGAUGUGGUCAUUAUUGAAAAUGUGUUUUCAAUCGUGAAAACUAAUAAUAUUCUAUAUUCUUGAUGGAUUAACCUGAUCGUGGUUUCUUUACUGGAACUUACUCGUGUUAUUCAAUGCCUUUGGAAUUAAUUCAUCCGAUUGAUAAUCAUUUCUAAAUAAAUAGAACGUUAACAAUUGUUACAGUUAAAAUUGCAUGUCUAUCGUUCACUGCAUUCCAUCCAUCGGGAAAAUAUUUUAACAUAUCUCCAAAGUAUAUACUUAUCAAUUUUCGAUUAUAAUUUAUUGUGAAAGCCGAAGUUAAAAAAUGGCAAAUAUUACAAGUUCGAUUGUCUGUUAUUAAAACUGCUUUGUCAACUAUAAAAUUUAUGCGGCUGUGAAAAGAUUGAGGAAAAACUCGCAUUUAAGAGAACAAGAGGAAAACGUAUCAAACUGCGGUUAGUAAUUAGCAUUUUAAUUGUGUCGACCGCGUUUUGUUGCCUUUAUUUAUUUUUUUUAUAUGAGACAAGCGACGAAGGAGAGCAAAUCCACUAAUAAUUGGAUAGGCGAAGGAGUUUUAUGUAUGGAACCGUUGAAUACAGUUAUUAGACUUACCUACUAAUAAGAUUGCAACUACUAUUACUAACUACACAGCUGUUAAGAUAACGAUUCAAAUUAAAUCGACAUCGUCUCCUACUUUACAGUCAUCAUUGACAGCCGAACAACAAGAGUUGACCAACUUGCCCAACAGCCGCAGCUAAAUCGAAUAGCACGGCUACAGCACCUGCAUUUUGAUGAGAAGAUUUUUAAUAAUGUGGAUUUUGUUGUAAUGCUACUUAGGCUGUUCAGGGGUAUGCAAGGCAGGCAGGUGGUGAUUUUUGUAUUCCUCGGUUUGGUCGCAGCAUUAGGAUACUUACAUUUAAUAUCGGAAAUCUCUAGACUGGAUACAGCUCGGAGUAGAUUAGAAAAGACAGUAACCCAAUUACAGCUUGACAAGCUGGACAACGUCCAAAGACAUUUGUCAUCAACAAGUGCAGUGGACCAACUGACCCCUGCAGAUGAUGACUUCCUUGUUAUUUACAACCGGGUUCCCAAAACUGGGAGUACAUCUCUUGCAGGAAUUGCUUAUGAUUUGUGCUCACCUAACAAGUUCAAUGUAUUACAUCUUAAUAUAUCAAGGAACUCUCACACAUUAUCCCUCUCUGAUCAAAUGAGAUUUGUAUAUAAUAUAACAACCUGGAAUGAGAAAAAGCCUGCUCUUUACCAUGGACAUUUGGCUUAUGUAGACUUUGCCAAGUAAGUGUCAAAUCAUUUUAAU